UGCUCCCUGCAGUUGCAAGACAUUGUCCUCGACCAAACUGCUCUGCAGCUUUCAUUAUAACCAUUGCAAAACAAAUUGCUUGCUGAAACGAAAUGGAUUGGACAGAGCCGAUUCCAGCGUUGUUCCUCUUUAUCCUUAUGAUUUCCUUUGUUUUGAAACUGGGCACUUUCUGGAACAAGAGCUCCCAAAAUCUUCCACCAGGACCAAGGCCUUUACCUCUCAUUGGGAAUCUCCACAUCAUGGAUCUGAAGACGCCUUACAGAACUAUGUUAAAGUUGUCCAAGCAAUAUGGCCCUGUCUUCAGCAUCCAAAUGGGACCCCAGAAAACUGUGGUGUUGACAGGAUAUGAGACACUAAAGGAGGCUCUGGUUAAUCAGGCGGACUCAUUUGCUGACAGGCCCAUCGUUCCAAUGUUUCAGGAGUUUGGACGAGGCUUUGGUUUAACUCUGUCUAAUGGUGAAAACUGGAAAGUAAUGCGGCGGUUUGCUUUAAGCACAUUGCGGGACUAUGGAAUGGGAAAGAAGACCAUAGAGGACAGAAUUAUUGAGGAAUGCAGUGUCCUGAUAAAGAAAUUUGAAUCUUACGAAGGAAACCCAUUUGAGACCACCACAAUUAUGAAUGCAGCUGUUGCCAAUAUUAUAGUGGCCAUACUACUAGACAAGCGAUUUGAUUAUGAAGAUUCCACAUACAUUAGGCUUCUGAAGUUGGUCAGUGAAAAUACCCGGCUCGUUGGAAGCUCUUCAGUCCUGCUGUAUAACAUGUUUCCUGCUCUUGGUUUUCUUCUGGGGGCUCGUAAGACUAUCAUUCAAAACAGAGAUGAGGUUUUUGCCUUCAUAAAUGCCACCUUCAUAAAACACCUCAGAGAUCUGGAUGAAAAUGACCAGAGGAGCUUUAUUGACUCAUUUCUUAUCCGACAGCAAGAGGAGGAGGAGAAGAACAAGACGAAUGCAUAUUUCCACAACGAAAACUUAAAAACUGUUGUGGCCGACUUAUUUGGUGCUGGCACGGAGACAACUUCUACCACACUACGCUGGGGACUGUUACUAAUGAUGAAAUAUCCUGAAAUUCAGAUAAAGGUCCAAGAAGAAAUUGCAAAGGUUGUUGGAUCUUCUCAGCCAAGGAUUGAACACCGAACAAAAAUGCCUUAUACAGAUGCCGUGGUCCAUGAGAUCCAGAGAUUUGCUGAUAUUGUCCCAACCAACCUGCCACAUUCCACGACUACGGAUGUUACCCUCAAUGGCUACUUCAUUCCAAAGGGGACUCACAUCAUACCAUUGCUGUCCUCUGUGCUGCACGAUGAAUCUCAAUGGGAGAAACCACAUAAAUUCUAUCCUGAGCAUUUUCUUAAUUCUGAUGGAAAAUUCGUAAAGAGAGAUGCUUUCAUGCCUUUCUCUGCAGGUCGGAGAGCAUGUGUAGGUGAGACUCUUGCCAAAAUGGAGCUCUUCCUCUUCUUCACAACUCUGCUGCAGAGAUUCACCUUCCAGCCACCCCCUGGAACAUCUCAAGAAGACCUGGACCUUACUCCUGCUGUUGGGCUUACAACACCUCCCAUGCCCUACCAACUCUGCGCUCUGCCACGUUUCUAAGACUCACAAGCUCCUGGAUUGCUUUGUCAUUAGCUCGUCCUACACUCAAGUAGGACCCUGGUAGAGUCACAUGACUGACUGGCAUAUUCUUUCCCUCGUGGUCAUUCGUUUGGGAGCUUCAAAAGCUUUCUUCAGCCUGAACAUUACAGUGACCGAUGCCAACAGACAUUGGCACACUUAGGGAUCCACAGAGUCUUC